UCGUCUGCAAUGGUGACGAAUACAAUCUCGCUGACUGCUCAUUUAACCACGGUGACAACGUCUCGUGUCCUACUGAGAGAAGGUCACUAUGGAGACGCAAAGAGGCUUCAGAUGACUUAUCUCAUUGGCGAGAAGACACUCACGUACUAUCCCCGAGUUAAUAGAUAUACGAGACAGGUCGCCUUUAGGGGAUUCUCUGAUUACGACCAACCCGAUGGAUCUAAGACAUGGGGUGAAGGGUGGAACUUCAACAUUUCCGAACACGCGGGAACUCAUAUUGACGCGCCAAUCCACUUCGGGAAAAACGGAACUGGAAAUCGAUGGUACAUCGAGGAUAUCCCGUUUGAAAGAUUCAUCGGCCCUGCUGUAGUUGUUGAUGUGUCCGAUAAAGCAGACAUUGAUACAAAUGUGGAUUAUGGUGCAACGAUCGAAGAUAUCCAGGAAUUCGAACGUCAAUUUGGGGCCAUACCUUCAGGUGCAAUUUUACUUAUUUAUACGGGAUGGGGUAGAUAUUGGGGUGAUCCACUGAAAUAUGUUGGAACUGACACCCGCGAUGUUAAACUCACUCAUUUCCCAGCUUUGUCACCCGAGGCGGCUCAAUGGAUUGCCGACGAUGGACGCAUAGUCGGGGUUGGCGUGGAUACGGUUAGCUGCGACGCAGGCAGUCGCCGGGAUGUAGCGGCGCACGUGAACCUAUUUGAAAAGAACAUUUAUUGUUUGGAAAAUGUGGCCAAUUUGGAGCAGCUGCCCCAAAAGGGUGCUACGAUCUACGUCAUGCCUAUGCCUAUCAAGGGAGGUAGUGGCGCCCCCUCUAGGGUGUAUGCUACAUGGGACGAUGGGCAAUC